AGAGUUUUGAUGCUCAGACAGCCCAACGUUAUUCGCAAUCCAGCAGUUGUCGCGUUCGGAAGCAGAUCGGAACAAUCCCCUGGAAACCUAUUAGCAUACAGGCAAAAAAUUUGCUGGUUGUGUUGAGUCGACGUCGACACGCUUCAAUUGGAUUCGGAAUUAGAUUUAUUGAAAUGCUGCCCUUUCGCUGGGGCCUGCUACUAGGCAUUGUGGUGCUCAUAGCGUGCGCCAAUGGAGCAGCUAUCGAUCAAUCGUCGCAGAACGAAGAUGAACUCUCUGGUCUGUCUGAUUUGGAGCGAUCAAAGAGAAGCGGAAGAGGCUAUGCAAGAGGACAGACGCAGUCGCAGUACUUGAACUUUGGCAAGCCCGAAGAGGAUGGCAAGGCCGAGGCAGAGGCUAACGAAAGCGGCUCACGCUCGACAGUUUCUGGCAGCCACGGAAUGGGGCAGGCCCAGAGUCAGUUCUCCUCGGGAGAUUGCAGCGGCUGUUCCGGCUAUCAAACUGGAAGCUCACUCGAUGGCAGUGGAGGUCUUAUAGGAAGACCCGAUGCUAUUAUUAGUCUACCAAGUGCAGAUGCUGUUAGCGGCUUUGGUGGACAGCCUGGAUUUCGGAGUCAGCCCGGUUCCGGAAGUCCAGUUGGUGGGCAGCCUGGUAUUGGAGGAUUUCCAGGAGUCACUGGGGGACAAGCUGGACAGCCCGGACUUGGAGCUGGUCACCAAGGACUUGAUGGAAAACAUCCUGGCGGGGGAGAAAUAAUUAGUGGGCCAGGAAUCGACGGACGACAAACGGGUGCUGCUGGACAGCCCGGGUACGUAACUCAGCCUGGAGCUGAGGAUCAGUCUGGAGGUCAAACCAUAUACGGAACACAACCAGGAGUUGGUGAACAGACAGGUAUCGGCAGCGGACAGCCCGGAUUUGGGGCUCAACCUGUAGUUGGAGGUCAACCCGGAUACGGAACACAAGCAGGAGUUGUUGGACAGCCAGGUAUCGGUAGCGGACAGCCCGGAUUUGGGGCUCAACCUGUAGUCGGAGGUCAGCCCGGAUACGGAACACAACCAGGAGUUGGUGGACAGACAGGUAUCGGUGGCGGACAGCCCGGAUAUGGAGGUCAAUCUGGGGUUGGAGGUCAACCUGGAUACGGAACACAACCAGGAGUUGGUGGACAGACAGGUAUCGGUGGCGGACAGCCCGGAUAUGGAGGUCAAUCUGGGGUUGGAAGUCAACCUGGAUACGGAACACAACCAGGAGUUGGUGGACAGACAGGUAUCGGUGGCGGACAGCCCGGAUAUGGAGGUCAAUCUGGAGUUGGAGGUCAACCUGGAUAUGGAACACAACCAGGAGUUGGUGGACAGACAGGUAUCGGUGGCGGACAGCCCGGAUAUGGAGGUCAAUCUGGGGUUGGAGGUCAACCCGGGUACGGAACACAAUCAGGAGUUGGCGGACAGCCCGGAUUUGGAGGUCAACCUGGAACUGGAGGUAAAUCUGUAUACGGAACACAACCAGGAGUUAGUGGACCGACAGGUAUCGGUGGCGGACAGCCCGGAUAUGGAGGUCAAUCUGGGGUUGUAGGUCAACCUGGAUACGGAACACAACCGGGAGUUGGUGGACAGACAGGUAUCGGUGGCGGACAGCCCGGAUAUGGAGGUCAAUCUGGGGUUGGAGGUCAACCCGGAUACGGAACACAACCAGGAGUUGGUGGACAGACAGGUAUCGGUGGCGGACAGCCCGGAUAUGGAGGUCAAUCUGGGGUUGGAGGUCAACCCGGAUACGGAACACAACCAGGAGUUGGCGGACAGCCUGGAUUUGGAGGUCAACCUGGAACUGGAGGUAAAUCUGGAUACGGAACACAACCAGGAGUUAGUGGACCGACAGGUAUCGGUGGCGGACAGCCCGGAUAUGGAGGUCAAUCUGCGGUUGUCGGUCAACCUGGAUACGGAACACAACCGGGAGUUGGUGGACAGACAGGUAUCGGUGGCGGACAGCCCGGAUAUGGAGGUCAAUCUGGGGUUGGAGGUCAACCUGGAUUCGGAACACAACCAGGAGUUGGUGGACAGACAGGUAUCGGUGGCGGACAGCCCGGAUAUGGGGGUCAAUCUGGGGUUGGAGGUCAACCCGGAUACGGAACACAACCAGGAGUUGGUGGACAGCCUGGAUUUGGAGGUCAACCUGGAACUGGAGGUCAACCUGGAUUCGGAACACAACCAGGAGUUAGUGGACCGACAGGUAUCGGUGGCGGACAGCCCGGAUAUGGAAGUCAAUCUGGGGUUGGAGGUCAACCCGGAUACGGAACACAACCAGGAGUUCGUGGACAGACAGGUAUCGGUGGCGGACAGCCCGGAUAUGGAGGUCAAUCUGGGGUUGGAGGUGAACCCGGAUACGGAACACAACCAGGAGUUGGCGAACAGCCUGGAUUUGGAGGUCAAUCUGGGGUUGGAGGUAAAUCUGGAUACGGAACACAACCAGGAGUUAGUGGACCGACAGGUAUCGGUGGUGGACAGCUCAGUUUUGGAGGUCAACCUGGAGUUGGAAGUCAACCCGGAUACGGAACCCAACCAGGAGCUAGUGGACAGACAGGUAUCGGUGGCGGACAGCCCGGAUAUGGAGGUCAAUCUGGGGUUGGAGGUCAACCCGGAUACGGAACACAACCAGGAGUUGGUGCACAGACAGGUAUCGGUGGCGGACAGCCCGGAUAUGGAGGUCAAUCUGGGGUUGUAGGUCAACCUGGAUACGGAACACAACCGGGAGUUGGUGGACAGACAGGUAUCGGUGGCGGACAGCCCGGAUAUGGAGGUCAGUCUGGGGUUGGAGGUCCACCUGGAUACGAAACACAACCAGGAGUUGGUGGACAGAUAGGCAUCGGUGGCGGACAGCCCGGAUAUGGAGGUCAAUCUGGGGUUGGAAGACAACCCGGAUACGGAACACAACCAGGAUUUGGCGGACAGCCUGGAUUUGGAGGUCAACCUGGAACUGGAGGUAAAUCUGGAUACGGAACGCAACCAGGAGUUAGUGGACCGACAGGUAUCGGUGGUGGACAGCUCGGGUUUGGAGGUCAACCUGGAGUUGGAGCUCAACCCAGCUACGGAACCCAAGCAGGAGUUGGUGGACCGACGGGUAUCGGUGGUGGACAACCCGGAUAUGGAGGUCAAUCUGGGGCUGGAGGUCAACCCCGUUACGGAACCCAACCAGGAUUUGGUGGACAGCCUGGACUUGGAGGUCAACGUGGAGCUGGAGGUCAACCCGGAUAUGGAACACAACAAGGAGUUGGUGUACAGACUGGUAUCAGUGGUGGGCAACCAGGAUAUGGAGGUCAAUCUGGGGCCUUAGGUCAACCCGGAUACGAAGCCCAACCAGGAUUUGGUGGACAGCCUGGAUUUGGAGGGCAACCUGGAGCUGGAGGUCAAUCCGGAUACGGAACACAACCAGGAGUUGGUGGACAGACUGGUAUCGGUGGCGGACUGCCCGGAUUCGGGGCUCAACCUGGAGUUGGAGGUCAACCCAGUUACGGAACCCAAGCAGGAGUCAGUGGACAGCCUGCUAUCGGUGGGAGACAGCCAGGAUACGGAGCACAACCCGUAGUUGGGGGGCAGACUGGUAUCGAUGGAGGACACCCCGGAUUUAGAGGUCAACCCGGAUACGGAACACAACCAGGAGUUAGUGGACAGACAGGUGUCGGUGGCGGACAGCCCGGAUAUGGUGGUCAAUCUGGAGUUGGAGGUCAACGCGGAUACGGAACACAACCAGGCGUUGGUGGACAGACAGGUGUCGGUGGCGGACAGCCCGGAUAUGGAGGUCAACCUGGAGUUGGAGGUCAACCCAGCUACGGAACCCAACCAGGAGCUAGUGGACAGACAGGUAUCGGUGCCGGACAGCCCGGAUAUGGAGGUCAAUCUGGAGUUGGAGGUCAACCCGGGUACGGAACACAACCAGGCGUUGGUGGACAGACAGGUGUCGGUGCCGGACAGCCCGGAUAUGGAGGUCAACCUGGAGUUGGAGGUCAACCCGGAUACGGAACCCAACCAGGAGUUGGUGGACAGACAGGUAUCGUUGGCGGACAGCCCGGAUUUAUAGGUCAACAGCCCGGAGCAGGAGGAUCGCAGUUUGAUGGAAGGCACCCGGGAACCGGUGGUACUUCAGAUGGCCAAAUAGGUGCUCCGGGACGGUAUACAGCUGGAGCUGGUGUCACUCCUGGAGCUGCUGGUGUUGGCGCGCCAAGUACAGUUGCCGGCGGAGCUGAUGACACAUUUUCUCAAGCGGCAUCCACUAUUGGGAACGGCCAGGCAUCUGCCAGUGCCGAGGGCAAAAAGAAUGGCGGAACUGCUAAGACCCAAGUAUCCGGCACAUACAGUACGGGCGGUUCUUUCAGCGCUAGUGCAAUGACUUCCGACGCAGAUCGGGCUGCCAGCGCCCAGGUUACUGGCAAUGCUGAUGGCGCUAUGAGCCAGUCCCAAGGCUCUGGAGGACCGGCCCAGUCCCAGGCCCAAGUGCAGGUUAACUCGAAGGAUGGAGGCACCAAGGCUUCAUCACAGAGUGGGGGUCUGAUUCACCAGAGCCAGAGUGAGGUGCAGGCCAACGAUAAGGGCGGCUUGGCCGAUGCCCAGUCCAGCGGACCGGGCCAAACCUCUUCCCAAGCUCAAAUCGGCUUCCGUCCAGGUCAGGAUACCAGUUCGGUAGUGGCACCAGGUGGCGGACAGGCUUCCGCACAAUCGGGCAGCCAUUCUGGCCAGAGCCAGUCUCAGAUCCAAGGAACUUCCAGCUUUGGGGUAUCAUAUCACGGCGCUGCACAGUCCGCAUCAGGAACUAAGGAGCAGGUGGACACCUAUCGGGAGCAAAAUCGAGAGCUCUUCAAUACAAUCAGCCAGUUUGGCAACAGUGGAAAUGCUGUAACCGAUCGGGCUGAUGCCGUCUUUAGUGGCCCGGCACUCACGUCUGAAUCUGAUUCAAUACCCGAGCUGCAGCUGAAGUCUACAAAGACAAGCAAGGAAGAGCCUGAGAAGGUCGAUAAGAAGCCAGAUCAAUCGGAACCAGUUCAAUACGACGACGAGGAAGAGGACGAGGGGGAUGAAUACGACGAGGAUGAGUACUACAACGAGAAACCUGUCAAGCUAGAGGAGGGUCCAAAGCCACCGAACAAGAUUAAGGAUUCGGAGUCCACACCUCAUCCACAGACCUAUACCCAGUCGUCCCCCACGCAGAAGCAGCAGGCAGUAGUGGCCCCAUUGCCAGCGGAAAAGUACCAGCUGGUGCAGAAACAGAACGGACUCAUUAAUAGCUACUCGGAGCGAUCAACCACAGAGUCCGUGCCCAGUGGGUUCCGCGGCACGGUGAACGUGCAAAAGAAGUUUCACACAAAGUCGCUUGAGCUUCAUAAUACCGACAAGAAGGUCGAAAUCAGUGCCGACACUGACUCCGAUGCCCCGAGUACACCCACUCGCGGUAGCAAAGCGCCUCGCGCACCAGACAGCUAUGUAACAGUCACCAAGUCGGUGACUGGAAGCAUGGACAAUAGCAAGAACCCACCGCAGGAUAACAAGAACUUCCAGUCCACGUACUACACCAAGUCCUCGACCUGCGGAUACUUCACCUUCUCCUGUAACAUUGUCUACGGAGCGAAUGGACGCAGCAAGAUCUGUCGCCCAAAAGCCCCAGCCAAUGGCAAGUGCUAAAGGGGAUGCAAGCCCACGCCCACCCACCCCACAUUAUAGUAGAUCAGUUCCCAAGGGGCUCAAUUUUAGAACAGUCCAUCUAACUGUCACCAAAAACACCCCCCCCAUAUUUGUAUUUUUAUGCAGCAAGUUCUUAAGCAUUUAAGUGUUUUUUUGCAAAUAAUUUUAGCAUCUUACUGCCAUUUCUUAAAUAUUUCAUAGGCUUUGCAAUUGUAAUUAAUAUUUAAUAAAAGUCAUAAGAAAACAGAAA